AGUAAAGCUUGGUGACUGGAGAAGGUAUGAGAUGGAGGUUUAUCAUCAUGGGUCACCACCACAUGGUUUGACGUGAAUUUGGAUUGAGUGAACUCUGCUAUUAGAAAUGACCUCUAUUACUGAUACCUUCCUGGACCCCUCAAAGUCAGCCUUUCUAGACUUCAGCCAUGGACCAACAUCAUCUCCUCAACCACAGCAUUCUCCAAUCUUGGCACAUGGACAUUAUCCAUCCUUGCAUGGCUUUCACUCUAGCGGACAUGAGGGUCUCUUCUCUCCAGGGAUAUCGGCCUACGGAGGCAGGUCAUUCCCAUACCCAUACCCAACAUCUCCUGCAUCCAAUCCUCAUGGCCAUCAUAACGGGAACCCUUAUCUCAGCUACCAGCACUACAGUGGCGCACUUAGUCAUGGUGGGAGACUUGAAGAUCCAGAACCAGAGAAAUCAACAGUCAUAGAAAAUGGAGAAAUACGGAUAAAUGGAAAAGGGAAGAAAAUUAGAAAACCUCGCACAAUAUAUUCCAGCUUGCAACUUCAGGCAUUAAAUCAGAGGUUCCAACAAACUCAGUAUUUGGCGCUACCAGAGAGGGCAGAGCUGGCUGCACAGCUUGGCCUAACACAGACACAGGUGAAAAUAUGGUUUCAGAAUAAGAGAUCCAAGUACAAGAAGAUCAUAAAACACGGUUCUAGUAUUCAGGAUGGAGACCAAGCUCUCACCUCAUCUUCACUCUCUCCUUCCUCUCCUAAUGUUCCUCCCAGUUGGGACUUUUCUUCAGCUACAAAGACUACGGCAGUUGCUUCGAAUUACUUGAAUAAUUAUAACUCUUGGUAUCAGGCUCCAGAUACUUUUUCAAGACCCACAAUGAUGUAAUGAAACAAUGGAGGUCUUAAUGCCAGUUCAGAUGUAACUUGUCAAUAUGGGUCACAUGAAGAAAGGGGCUAUGGGCUUUUCUUGAAGUACUCUCUUCCAUGUUAAUAGCUAAACAGAUUGAAAGUAGUGUGAACCCAUCCAUUAACUGGAGAAGAAGAUUCAAUACCUUAAUGCACACCUAAUGGAAGACAGGCAGAUGGAUCAUUUGUUUACCAUGUGAAAUACAGACUAUGUAACAUAGAGACAACUUAUGUAGCUGCUAUGGGGCCCCUGGAGACAGGACAACCAUUCCAGGUUGAUCUAGUUUCCAUUUUAAUAAAUGAAGAGAACCUUCACAGAAAUGUGGACUACAAAGAUUAUACCAUGUAAGCAAACCAGUAGAAAUGAAUCUUGAUAAUGGGAUGUGGCCAUCUGACCUUUUGUCCCAGCUGGUUAGGAGUGUGGUGGUGUCAAACAGAACCUGCACAGGGGUCUUAUUUUUAUUGUUACUACGGAGCCCCCAUCCUCUAUCUACACCACAAGUAUAUUACAGAGCAUAUAAAUUAUGAUUGCCUCAGUAAAGAAAUUAAUCUCUUCAUUCUAUUAUGUACCCUAAAAUUUCACAAACAUGAGUGGUUGUUCCUGUGCUUCAGUGUUCAGCGCUGGGUUAUAACUGUGUAAAUGAUGCUCAAAUCCUUGGUGAUGGGUUGCAUUAUCAGGAAUAUUAGAUUACAAUUUCCACCUUCGCUGUGACAGGUAGACAGACAUAAGUAUAAGUAAAAACAACUAUAUAUAUCACCAGCUUAAUGCGAAUGCCCUCCUUUGAACACCAUUUUUAUCUAAAGAAGUCUAAAACACAUCUAUAUAGCAGUUUGAGCUCCGUUUAUCUUAACCUGAGCUUUGCACACAUUAUAUUUACUGUAACUGAUAAAAUUCUGAUUUCCUGAAGCCACCACUAGUCGUAGCUUAGGAGCUUACUACAUACUGUCAUACAUUAAAAGGUGUUUUCCAGUAAUUACACUCAUUUACCUAUGCCCUGUAGCCUGCAUCUAUUGAAAGAUUCAUACCUGCUCCCUGCUUCUCUGGUCCUGCACUCUGGCUUCUGUUCCUCCAUCUUUGGUCCCGACUUGUUUUCUUCCAAUCAUGUAUGAACAUGGUAACCUGCACUGCUGCAGCCAAUUACUCAUUGGCCAUGUCCAUACCCAGCUGGAAGAAAACAAGACAGUGACCAGCAGAUCGAGGAACGGGAACCAGUGCGCCGGACUGGAGGGGUAGAGAGCAUGUAAAUAUGCAUCUUUCGAUAGGCGAUACAGGCUACAG